GAGACGCAAGACGACGAUGCCUUUCUUCUUCCCUGAAAUUUAUACAAGUGUUCGUGCGCCCUCGAAUGAGUGCCCACAGGUCCCUUGCUCUCCUCUACAUCGUGCGGGUUUCUCUCUAGCCUUGUCCCCUCGCGACCUUGCAGCCUUUGUCGUGAUUCCCCUCUAUAAAACUCGAGCUCGAGCUUAGCCUCUCCCCCGUGUGGCUGCUACUAGCAAGUUGCGGUGGUUGUCUUAGGAGCUACAGCUGAGCUUGUAGAAGGAGGGGAGGCGUGCGGGAGAGAGCGCGCGAUCAGGCGUUGACGGCGGCGGCGGCGGCGGGGGCCAUGGCGUCCUCGGGCAGCGGCGGCACGCCGGGGUCGCCGUGUGGGGCGUGCAAGUUCCUGAGGCGCAAGUGCGCGGCGGAGUGCGUGUUCGCGCCCCACUUCUGCGCCGAGGACGGGGCGGCGCAGUUCGCGGCCAUCCACAAGGUGUUCGGCGCCAGCAACGCGGCCAAGCUGCUGCAGCAGGUGGCCCCCGCCGACCGGAGCGAGGCGGCGGCCACCGUCACCUACGAGGCCCAGGCCAGGCUGCGCGACCCCAUCUACGGCUGCGUCGCCCACAUCUUCGCGCUGCAGCAGCAGGUGGCGAGCUUGCAGAUGCAGGUGCUGCAGGCGAAGGCGCAGGUGGCGCAGACGAUGGCGGCGGCCGGCGGCCCGCAGGCGGCGGGGAGCCCUCUCCUGCAGCGGUGGCCGCUGGAGCCCGAGUCGCUGUCGACGCAGAGCUCCGGGUGCUACAGCGCGCCGAGCUGCGACGGGUCGGCGUCGCUGCAGGAGAUGUACUGCGGCUUCGGCGAGCAGGAGGAAGGCAGCUACACGAGAUGAUCGAGUCCUUCGCGCAACCAUCACACAGCGUAGAGACCGCGGGAAAAUUAAAUCUUGUUGAUUUGCAGCGUGCGUUUUGUUUAGUUCAGCUCCUCCGGUUUGGGGAGCUUGAUUUGGUGCCAGGCUCUAGUACUGUACUGCUUGCCGGUUUCAUCUGUAAAGGUUGAAGCACAUGAUCAUGUGGUUAAGGAAGAACACCCUUCAGCACAUUAUCGGAAAUCACGCAUAAUCAUUUUCAUAGUA